UCCAGUCUUUCCCCCACUUCUUUCAAGAACCUGGCGUGGAAUCCGCUGUUCCAGCCCACGACCCUUGCUCUUCCCUCUUUCCAAGCCAUUCUCAGGUCCCAUACUGUACAAUGGCUCCAAAUUCAACCAAUGACAACAUUGCCGCUGCUACGCAUGCCUUGCAUGCAGAUGAGGCGCUGAACGUGGUCACCGAUGUAGCCCCUCCGCUACACCUUUCCACUACGUUCCGGUACCCUGAUGAUCCUGAGGACCUCGUGCCAGCCGCAGAUCUCAGUGGUUAUGAUCAGGAAAAGACGAAGCAUAUUUAUUCUCGUCUGACGUCACCUAAUUUGAACCGAUUUGAAGCCCUCCUGUCUUCACUUCUCCAUGGUGAGGCGAUCAGUUACUCGUCCGGUCUAUCGGCCUUGCAUGCAGCACUCGUCCUCCUGAAUCCUCGCCGAAUCGCAGUUGGAAACGGAUACCAUGGAUGCCACGGUGUUAUUAAGCUGUUCGGCCGUCUCACCGGUCUUCAAAAGCUGGACCUCGAUUGCCCCGCUGAGCAAUUAGAGUCGGGAGAUGCUAUCCUUCUGGAGACCCCAGUCAACCCCGAAGGCACCGCUUUCAACAUCGAAGAAUACGCCAAGAAGGCCCACUCGCGCGGGGCGUAUCUUAUUGUGGAUAGCACCUUUGCUCCGCCGGGUCUGCAGGACCCGUUCCAAUGGGGUGCAGACUUGGUCAUGCAUUCUGGUACCAAAUACUUCGGUGGACACAGCGACCUCCUUUGUGGUGUUCUUGCCACACAGCGGAGUGAUUGGGCCCGGCGGCUGUUCGAGGAUCGGAUGUUUUUGGGUAGUGUAAUGGGCAAUAUGGAGAGCUGGCUGGGUACGCGCAGUUUGCGGACCCUGGAGGUUCGCGUGCAGCGACAGAGCCAGAAUGCCACGAACCUGGUCACAUGGUUGAACAACGCGCUGCAGGCGCAAAACCCAGCCCCUGGCAGCGACGAGGCUGUGACCCAGGCUGCUCUGCAGCAGGUAUUCCACGCCAGCCUGCAGAAAGAGGAUGAGUCGUGGUUGCUCAAACAGAUGCCGAACGGGUUCGGACCUGUGUUUUCGAUCAGCAUGAAAACCGAGGACUAUGCGCGUAAGCUCCCCAGUAAGCUCGCUUUCUUCCAGCAUGCCACCAGCCUCGGAGGCGUGGAGACCUUAAUUGAGUGGCGAACGAUGAGUGAUGCGACGGUGGAUCGCCGGUUAUUGCGGAUCAGUGUAGGAUUAGAGAAUUGGGAAGACCUCCGGAGGGAUUUGGUAGGCGCAUUCCGGGCGUUGAGUGAGUAAAAUCUGAUUUACGACAUGAUAUGGACAUAUAAUUUGCUACGUCAAUGGGCAUGGUCAGAUCGACACAUCUGAUUCCGUUUAAUUUCCUGCAGUACAUAGU